AUGUGAUGAAUUCAGGCCCUGCAUCGAACACCUCAUACUAGACGAGAAAAAUAACACUUUCAAUAACAAUUUUAACAUAUCCGAAAAAUGUGGAAACCUGGACAUCCAACUGGUGGAUGCUUUAGAAGAAAUCUUGCCAGAAGGAGCUAAAAGAUGUCGGAAUUUAGUCGAUGGCGAUUGUACCAUUAAUUUCAUGUACAGCUACGAUGAUCAGACUAUAAUGCUGACUGCUGAAAAGAAGAAAUCAUGUCCAGAACCACCAAACAUACUCGGACUAAUCAUUGGCAUAGUUGGUAGCAUCAUACUAGCAGGCAUAGUAUCACUAAUAAUUUGGAAAUUAGUGACCACGAUACACGACAAAAACGAAUACGCCAAAUUCGAGAAAGAGCGCGAAAAUAUGAAGUGGAGCAGACACGAAAAUCCCCUGUAUAAACCUGGAACCAGUACUUUUACUAACCCUCAGUAUGGCAGAAAUAGUCAAAGGCAGUCGGUUAAAUAUACCAAAGAAGGUGAUCAGUUGAAAAUGGACGAAGAACCCAAAGAGACAGAAACAGUUAUGGAUUCAAAAUAACUCAAAAAAAGACUUUUUGAAUGUGAAAAAUCAAGUUUUUUUACUACUGUAUCAAAUUGCAGGUGCCUUACUUAUUUAUAUUUAGAAAAUAACUGGAAUAAAUUCUUUUUUUACCUUUUGAAAA